UUUAACAACACUGUCGAAAAAUUAGCUCGUCGCCGAAAACGCAUUUUUCGAAUUACGCUUCAUUUAAAAAUAUUAUUGAAUAAUUGCUUGUACUUGGUAUUAUAUACGAUGAAGUCGGGUGUAACAUCCAUUUUAAAACCAUUUUCUGUUGCGAAACGGCAUACGGCCAAUGCAGUGACUUUGAACAAAGUUCGAUUUGCUACCCCAAAAGAAAAAGGCCUUGUAGAAUCCGUGCGCGUGGCCAUAAAUGAAGGGAAUUUUAAUAUGGUUAAGGAGUUCACAUUCUUUCUCCGUGAGGCAGAACUUACCGAUGAUGAAGUUUUUUUGAUACUGAAAGAUGCUAAAAGAAUUGUUUACAUUUUGAACACAGAUUUUGUAAGCAUCGUAGAAGCUUUAUUUUCCCUUAACUGGAAAAAAAGGGGUACCAAGGUAAUCGAAGCUUAUACUGAGUUUUGCCUGGACAUUAUGGUGGCCCAUAACAGAUAUUUACCCAUAGGGAUAACUAAAUUAAUUGCCCAUUGGGUUCCUGGCGACUUGGACGAAUCGGACUGGGUCAAUGGACGCCCUUUAGAACAUAAAAGACUUGAGCUUAAACCUACCCAUGAUGUACUGAACAGCAUUUUAACUGUCGUGCCAAUCGCAUUCGAUGUUGUCGUUGAUGCCAUUUCUGCUAAAUUUCCCUAUUUCAAAAAGCCUACUCAUGUGACGGCGGGGUAUCUGUUCAAUGUCCUCUGGCUAAUUGAGUACAAGCCCAUAUUUGAAGAACUAAUUUUGCAGUUGGUUUUGCAAAAACUUUUAGUACUAGAUGUUAACGCUCCACGAGAUAAAAUAGUUGUACAAUCAGAUGAUGAGCAUAAGAAAAUUGAAAAAGAAAUUGACGGUGUAUCUGUAUCUGUCGACACUUUAACGAAUACAAGAACCAUUGUGAAUCAUCCUGUCGGCGAAACGUUGGACAUAUGCCUCUCCAUUGUUUAUAAGUUUAUAGAUGGAAAAUGUCGCAUUAAUCAACACAGUAGCAACCAUCAGCGCUGGGCUGCUAAUCGCAUAUUUAAAAUGUUACUAUAUAUAUUUGACGAGGUUAUUCUACCCUGCCACAAUACGCAUCAUGUGCAAUUUGUUCUGUUUUAUGUGACUAGUAUUCGGUUAGCAUAUUCUGAGGAUUUUCUCGAUUUACUUUGGCAGAAAGUUCAAAAUCCCAACGCGUCGGCGAUUAUUCGUCAAGCUGCAGUAGGAUACCUCGCUAGCUUUUUAUCACGAGCCAGUGUUUUGCCUCUUAGCAUUAUAAUUUUUUAUUUAAAAAAAAUGAGCGAGUGGGCGCAUGUGUACAUUGACGACUCGGACCAAUAUAACCACACUUCCUCGUUGAAGACAAAUUUGGUUUUCUACUCUGUAUGUCAAGCAGUGUUCUAUUUGAUUGCUUUUCGUUCCAAAGAUUUGACUGCGACUUCAAAAGGUUUGCACUUUCUCCAAUCCCUUCAAUUAUCUCGCCUCGCUAUGUGUCACUUAAAUCCACUGCGUUAUUGCAUAAGCCCAGUGGCUUCGGCAUUUGCUGUUGUCACGAGAACAUACCAGCUGGCCUACUGUCACACUGUUUUGGACCGUAACUCUCGGCGUAAACUUGCCACAGUGUAUGGCCAUGACAAGUUUAUGCCCGAGGACACUCUUGAAUCGUUUUUUCCCUUUGAUCCUUAUUUGCUAAAGCUUUCAAACCAGUAUAUUGAGACCAACUAUAAAGUUUAUCAUAGAAAUGAAACGUAUGGUUAUAUCGGUAGGUCCGUCGAAAAGCCGAUUUCUAGGAAACGUGGUGAUGCUGAAGUGGUCGAGGAAGACGAAUUUAUUAUAGCAGACAAACGACAAAAGCGUUUCGAAUUGUCUAAGUGCCAGGAGCUCGAUAAACAAUUAUUCUUCGGAUCUCCGCUGGCGUAUAAAACAAAGCUGUAAUUGAAUACCUCGGAUUUCAAUAUCUUAAAUGAAGUAUUUGAACUAUCAAUAAAUAUAAAAAUGUUAAUAAAUAAUAAUAAUUAUUAAAAAUAUAAAAUAUUUAAAAAAGAUAGCAAACUGAAGGCUAACAUGAAACGAUUUCGCAGCUUCGCAGACUAAUUUUUAAGUACUUUUAUGUAGUUGCAGAUACUGUAAAAUAUAAAAGAAUAUAAUUUUACGCCUAGUUAUAUCCAAUGUAUAUAACAAUUAUAAA